AUCAUCCUUCCCACCUUUCUCCAAUGGCGUCUUUGCCUUCAUUUCAUGGCAUUGGUACUCUCAAGCUCGAACCAGACUCCACAAAGCACUCCACCACUUCUGCUUCCACAGAUAAGAGUCCAAGUAUAUCUUAUCCAAGGGCUCGUACAUUAAUCCAAUCUGAUAGAAAAUUAGAAUCAUUGACUCUGAAUUUCCAAGAAUCACUCUCAGUCAUAAAAGAUGGCUCAAAGAUUGAAGCAUCUUGUUAUGUCCCGCUUUUGCAAGAAUGCAUUGAAAGGAAUUCGUUUUCCGGGACUCGUGAUCUUCAUUCUCAUAUCAUAAAGACUGGAACUCAUCGAGAUGUGUUUGUGAUGACAUUCCUUGUCAAUGUUUAUGCCAAAUGUGGAGCCAUGGAAAAUGCUCGAAAAGUGUUUGACAGUUUGCCUAGAAGAAAUGUUGUUGCAUGGACAACUUUGAUGACAGGCUAUGUUCAUGAUGAUCAGCCAGAUGUUGCCAUUACUGUUUUUCAAGAGAUGCUCGAAUUUGGGUCAUUUCCGACGAAUUAUACCCUUGGAAUUGCUUUGAAUGCAUGUUCUGCAAUAGACUCUCUUGAAUUGGGGAAGCAAAUUCAUGCCUACAGUAUCAAAUACCAUAUUGAUCAUGACACAAGUGUUGGAAACUCACUUUGCAGCUUAUACUCUAAAUGUGCAAGCUUGGAUUCCGCUAUUAAGGCCUUUCUUACGGUUGAGGAAAAGAACGUAAUUACAUGGACUGCUGUUAUUUCUGCUUGUGGGGAUAAUAGUAAAGCUGCAAAGGGGCUUAGGUUCUUCAUUGAGAUGCUAGCUGACAAUGUUGAACCUAAUGAAUUCACUUUCACAAGUGUUUUGAGUAUGUGCUGUACAAUGCUAUCUUUGAGCUUUGGGGCUCAAGUUCAUUGUUUAAGCAUCAAGCUCGGAUAUGAAACACACCUCCGCAUAAAGAACUCAAUCAUGUAUUUGUAUCUCAGAUGUGGAUGGUUUGUUGAAGCGCUGCGGCUGUUCAACGGCAUGGAAGACAUGAGCUUAGUUACGAUGAAUUCGAUAAUUGCGGGAUAUGGUGAAAUAAUGGAACUUGCCAAGGAUUAUCUUUCAGCCUACCAUAAUGGAAUGGAGGCUCUCAACAUUUUCUCGAAAUUGAAUAACUCUGGCUUCAAACCUGAUCUAUAUACCUUCUCGAGUAUUUUAACCAUAUGUAGUAAGAUGUUUGCCUUAGAACAAGGGGAGCAAAUUCAUGCUCAGACUCUUAAAACUGGGUAUCUGUCAGAUAUGAUAGUGGGAACUGCAUUGGUUAAUAUGUAUAACAAAUGUGGAAGCAUUGAGAGAGCAAGCAAAUCUUUUUGGGAGAUGUCUGCUAAAACAUUGAUUUCAUGGACUUCUAUGAUUGCUGCUUUUGCGCAAAAUGGGCAGACUCAGCAAGCACUGCAGCUUUUUGAUGAUAUGAGACUGAUUGGAGUCCGACCAAACCAAGUAACCUUUGUUGGUGUUUUUUCAGCAUGUGCUCGUGCCGGGAUAGUAAAUGAAGCACUCGGGUAUUUCGAGAUGAUGCAAAAAGAUUAUAAGAUCAAACCUGUUAUGGACCAUUACUCAUGCCUAAUUGACAUGUUUGUGAGGAAGGGGUCCUUGGAUGAAGCUUUUGAUUUGAUCAAGAAGAUGGAUUUUCCUCCGAAUGAGUCCACUUGGUCUCUGUUGCUUGCAGGAUGCAAAAGAUAUGGCAACAAUGAAUUGGGAUUCUAUGCUGCUGAAAAGUUACUUGAACUGAAGCCAAAAGAUGCCGAGACUUGUCUCUUGUUGCUGAAUAUAUACGACUCUGCAGAGAGAUGGGAAGAUGUUUCAAAAGUAAGAGAACUGAUGAAGGAGAAGAGACUCGAAAAGUUAACAGACUGGAGCUUUAUUAGCAUUCACGACAAGGUUUAUUCGUUCAAUCCCGACGAGAGGCAAGUUUAUGGAGCUGAGAUAUAUGAAUUGUUGGAUGAAUUAGUUGACAAAGCAAAGAGUGUUAUUGGAUAUGAAUCACUUGAAAGUUUUACCAUAUUCGGUGAAGAAGUUCAACAUAGCGAGAAGUUGGCUGUUGCAUUUGGCCUAUUGAAAAUACCAGAUGCUGCACCAAUACGAAUCAUAAAGAACACAGGGAUGUGCAAUGGUUGCCACAAUUUUAUGAAGGCCAUCUCUUCGCUUAAUGCAAGGGAAAUCAUCAUUCGAGAUAGCAAGCAGCUCCAUAAAUUUGUCGAUGGGAAGUGUUCUUGUGGGGAUUAUGGUGGUUUAUUUUGAUGAGUGAGGUAGGUUCCCAUCACUCCAUUUCCCUCCCACUUAUAUAAGGUUACUUUAAGGACAUUUCAUGCAAAUUCUUGUCUUUGAU